UUAAACCCACACGUUUGAUAUUGAGAAAAAUGGAUCUUUCUAAGUUAUCAAGUGCCCUACGUGAUUUGCCUAAUAGAGUUUUGAAUGCUGCUGUUGAAGAACGUUUGUCACUAUUUCAAAACGUUUGCGACAUUCUUGAUAAUCCCGGUAAGUAUCCCACAUGUGCAACGGGCUUACUACAUAAUUACAUAUGUAUGUACAGU